UCUUCUCUUCCCUUUUCAUGUAAUCCAAGCCUUAUUUUUAAUGAUGAUCAGGUAAUAAGGAUCUUCUGGGACAACAAAACAGUGGCAUCCUUCCUUUUCAUUUAUUUUGCUAGUGACAAUUUUUGCCAUCACCAAAAUCUGGACCAUCCAUAGCAUUUCCAUCUUUAGAUCACGAUGCAGUGGUUUUCAGGCCCAUCCUGCUUUUAAGCACUUUACCUUUCAUCCACAUAUAAUUGGCAUGAUAUACUUGUGGAACCCAAAAAAAAAAAAAAGGAAUCUUUUUAGUGGGAAAUCCUAUUGUCGCCCUUCUUUAUUGAUUUACUUUGCCCAAGUCAAGGAAAUGUAUGGACUGCUUUGGCGCAUAUAAUAACAGGAGUAAUAGGGUCAGGGGUACUGUCACUAGCAUGGAGCAUGUCAAGACUAGGGUGGAUCGCAGGUCCUCUGACGAUGCUCUGUUUUGCAUCGGUCACCUUCAUUUCGGCAUCUCUUCUCCGAAAUUGCUAUAAUUCUCCUGAUCCUGAGUUUGGUCCAAACACAAAUGCCUCCUUCCUUGACGCUGUUCAAAGGAUUUUAGGGAAAAUGAAUGGAAGGAUUUGUGGAGUAGUAGUUGUUAUAAAUUUCAUCAAGGUUGGAAUUGUCUAUACAAUAACAGCUGCUAUAAGCAUCAGGGCAAUUCUGAAAUCAAACUGUUACCAUAACCAAGGACAUGAAGCUUCCUGUGAUUACAAGACUUCUACUUACAUGCUUUUAUUUGGGGUGAUCCAAAUUUUAGUAUCACAGAUACCUGAAUUCCGGAAUAUGAAGUGGCUUUCUGCUGUUGCAGCCAUCAUGUCCUUCACAUACUCUUUGAUUGGUUCUGGACUUGGCUUAGCCAAAAUAAUAGAGAAUGGAGAAGUAAAAGGCAGCAUAGGAGGCGUUCCUACUUCUACUGCUGCUGAAAAAAUAUGGUUGGUUUCUCAAGCACUUGGGGACAUUGCUUUUGCCUUUCCCUUCUCUCUUUAUUUUCUGGAGAUACAGGACACUUUAAAAUCACCUCCAUCAGAGAAGGCCACAAUGAAGAAGGCAUCUAUUAGUGCCGUCUGCAUUACAACCUUUUUUUACCUUUGCUGUGGAGGGUUUGGGUAUGCAGCUUUUGGGAAUUCCACUCCAGGAAAUCUUUUGACAGGAUUUGGUUUCUAUGAGCCGUAUUGGCUCAUAGAUUUCGCUAAUGCUUGCAUUGUUCUUCAUCUCGUUGGAGGAUAUCAGAUAUUCAGUCAGACACUAUUCGGUACUGUUGAAAGAAGAUUAGCCAGGCAAUUUCCCGGGAGUGGAAUUGUGCAUGAUAACUAUAGCUUCAAACUCCCUGCAAUGCCAGCACUGCGACUGAAUGUCCUCAGGAUCUGUUUCCGUACUACAUACGUCAUAUGCAUUACAGCAAUUGCAAUGAUCUUCCCUUACUUUAACGAAGUUGUGGGAGUGGCUGGAGCCAUUAACUUUUGGCCCAUUGUCGUGUAUUUCCCGGUUGAGAUGUACAUAAUGCAAAAAAAUAUAGAAUCAUGGACACCCAAAGCUGUUAUUCUGCGAACCUAUAGUAUUAUGUGCCUUGUGGUGAUAGUGUUUGCAUUUAUUGGCUCUGUCAAAGCCCUCAUAAGUGCAAGGUUCAGGUAGUAAUAUUGUUGACCCAAAAAAAAAAAAAAAUUAAACCAAGCUAAUUAGAAUUUUAAUAGUUUUAGAAGUUGAUUUGUUAUUUGGUAACUAGAUUAGAAUUUGUCUCAAAGUUGUGUUUGGUAUUGGAAAUUGUAAUGGUGAUGUGAGCAAAUAUAUUUGGGCAAAUAAUCUCUUGUCCAACUUUUGUUA